UAGACCCAAGACAUAUAUAAUACAAUACUACUUCCCUCCUAUUCCUUCAUCAACAUCACAAUGCCUCCUCCAUACAAACUAUACCUAUUCCUUACUAUUAUAUGCCUCCUUUCCCUUCUUCUUAUUCAUUCUGCUGCCCCUAUUUUCAAUGCUUCAACCACCCUUCCUUCUUUGCCUCCAAACCACUUGCAAGUCCCAAAUGAAGUAGAAGCUCUUUUAACAUGGAAGUGGAGCCUUGACCUCAAAAGUCAACAAUUACUCUCAUCAUGGGUUGUUGGUAGUGAUCCUUGCAAUUGGACUGGAAUUACUUGUGAUGGUGGCCGAAGCAUUACAAGCUUAACCCUUACAAGUUAUGCAUUAAAAGGUACACUUCAAGAUAUGAAUUUCUCAUCCUUGAUUCAUUUACAAAUUGUUGAUCUUUCCAACAACUCACUCCAUGGAAGCAUUUCUUUUAUUAAAGGAAUGACUACCUUGAAAAUUUUAACAACUUUGUAUCUCAAUCAAAAUAGGUUUUCCGGCCAAAUUCCUCAAGAAAUUGGGUUGUUAACAUCUCUUGUUGUUUUUGGAUUGUACUCAAAUAAUCUCACUGGUCAAAUCCCUACUUCGGUUGUAAACUUGAAAAAUUUAACAACCCUAUAUCUCUAUGAGAACCAACUUUCAGGCCACAUUCCUCAAGAAAUUGGGUUGUUAACAUCUCUUGUUGAUUUGGAAUUGUACUCAAAUAAUCUCACUGAUCAAAUCCCUACUUCAAUUGGAAACUUGAAAAAUUUAACAACUCUAUAUCUCUAUGAGAACCAACUUUCAGGCCACAUUCCUCAAGAAAUUGGGUUGUUAACAUCUCUUGUUGAUUUGGAAUUGUCCUCGCAUAAUCUCACAGGUCAAAUCCCUACGUCAAUUGGAAACUUGAAAAAUUUAACAACCCUAUAUCUCUAUGAGAGCCAACUUUCAGGCCACAUUCCUCAAGAAAUUGGGUUGUUGACGUCUCUUGAUGUUUUGGGAUUGUACUCAAAUAAUCUCACUGGUCAAAUCCCUACUUCAAUUGGGAACUUGAAAAAUUUAACAACCCUAUAUCUCUAUGAGAACCAACUUUCAGGCCACAUUCCUCAAGAAAUUGGGUUGUUAACAUCUCUUGUUGAUUUGGAAUUGUACUCAAAUAAUCUUACUGGUCAAAUCCCUACUUCAGUUGGAAACUUGAAAAUUUUAACAACCCUAUAUCUCUAUGAGAACCAACUUUCAGGCCAUAUUCCUCAAGAAAUUGGGUUGUUAACAUCUCUUGUUGAUUUGGAAUUGUCCUCACAUAAUCUCACUGGUCAAAUCCCUACUUCAAUUGGGAACUUGAAAAAUUUAACAACCCUAUAUCUCUAUGAGAGCCAACUUUCAGGCCACAUUCCUCAAGAAAUUGGGUUGUUGACAUCUCUUGUUGUUUUGGGAUUGUACUCAAAUAAUCUCACUGGUCAAAUCCCUACUUCAAUUGGGAACUUGAAAAAUUUAACAACCCUAUAUCUCUAUGAGAACCAACUUUCAGGCCACAUUCCUCAAGAAAUUGGGUUGUUAACAUCUCUUGUUGAUUUGGAAUUGUACUCAAAUAAUCUUACUGGUCAAAUCCCUACUUCAGUUGGAAACUUGAAAAUUUUAACAACCCUAUAUCUCUAUGAGAACCAACUUUCAGGCCAUAUUCCUCAAGAAAUUGGGUUGUUAACAUCUCUUGUUGAUUUGGAAUUGUCCUCACAUAAUCUCACUGGUCAAAUCCCUACUUCAAUUGGGAACUUGAAAAAUUUAACAACCCUAUAUCUCUAUGAGAGCCAACUUUCAGGCCACAUUCCUCAAGAAAUUGGGUUGUUGACAUAUCUUGUUGUUUUGGGAUUGUACUCAAAUAAUCUCACUGGUCAAAUCCCUACUUCAAUUGGGAACUUGAAAAAUUUAACAACCCUAUAUCUCUAUGAGAACCAGCUUUCAGGCCACAUUCCUCAAGAAAUUGGGCUGUUAACAUCUCUUGUUUAUUUGAAAUUGUACUCAAAUAAUCUCAUUGGUCAAAUCCCUACUUCAGUUGGAAACUUGAAAAAUUUAACAACCCUAUAUCUCUAUGAGAACCAACUUUCAGGCCAUAUUCCUCAAGAAAUUGGGUUGUUAACAUCUCUUGUUGAUUUGGAAUUGUCCUCACAUAAUCUCACUGGUCAAAUCCCUACUUCAAUUGGGAACUUGAAAAAUUUAACAACCCUAUAUCUCUAUGAGAGCCAACUUUCAGGCCACAUUCCUCAAGAAAUUGGGUUGUUGACAUCUCUUGUUGUUUUGGGAUUGUACUCAAAUAAUCUCACUGGUCAAAUCCCUACUUCAAUUGGGAACUUGAAAAAUUUAACAACCCUAUAUCUCUAUGAGAACCAGCUUUCAGGCCACAUUCCUCAAGAAAUUGGGCUGUUAACAUCUCUUGUUUAUUUGAAAUUGUACUCAAAUAAUCUCAUUGGUCAAAUCCCUACUUCAGUUGGAAACUUGAAAAUUUUAACAACCCUAUAUCUCUAUGAGAACCAACUUUCAGGCCACAUUCCUCAAGAAAUUGGGUUGUUAACAUCUCUUGUUUAUUUGGAAUUGUCCACAAAUGAUCUCACUGGUCAAAUCCCUACUUCAAUUGGAAACUUGAAAAAUUUAACAACCCUAUAUCUCUAUGAGAACCAAAUUUCAGGCCACAUUCCUCAAGAAAUUGGGUUGUUAACAUCUCUUGUUAGUUUGGACUUAUACUUAAAUAAUUUCAGUGGUCAAAUCCCUACUUCAGUUGGGAACUUGAAAAAUUUAACAACCCUAUAUCUCUUUGAGAACCAUCUUUCAGGCCACAUUCCUCAAGAAAUUGGGUUCCUAACAUCUCUUGUUAAUUUAGCUUUGUCCUCAAAUAAUCUCACUGGUCAAAUCCCUUCUUCUAUUGGGUUCUUGAAAAAUUUAACAACCCUAUAUCUCUAUGAGAACCAUCUUUCAGGCCACAUUCCUCAAGAAAUUGGGUUGUUAACAUCUCUUUUUGAUUUGGAAUUGUCCUCAAAUUAUCUCACUGGACAAAUCCCAACUUCAGUUAGGAACUUGAAAAAUUUAACAACCCUAUAUCUCUAUGAGAACCAACUUUCAGGCCACAUUCCUCAAGAAAUUGGGUUGUUAACAUCUCUUGUUAAUUUGGAAUUGUCCUCAAAUAAUCUCAUUGGUCAAAUCCCUACAUCUAUUGGAUUCUUGAAAAGUUUAACAACCCUAUAUCUCUUUGAGAACCAUCUUUCAGGCCACAUUCCUCAAGAAAUUGGGUUGUUAACAUCUCUUGUUAGUUUGGACUUAUACUCAAAUAAUCUCACUGGUCAAAUCCCUACUUCAGUUGGGAAAUUGAAAAAUUUAACAACCCUAUAUCUCUAUGAGAACCAACUUUCAGGCCACAUUCCUCAAGAAAUUGGGUUGUUAACAUCUCUUGUUAAAUUGAAAUUGUCUUCAAAUAAUCUCACUGGUCAAAUCCCUACUUCAGUUGGGAACUUGAAAAAUUUAACAACCCUAUAUCUCUUUGAGAACCAUCUUUCAGGCCACAUUCCUCAAGAAAUUGGGUUGUUAACAUCUCUUGUUGAUUUGGAAUUGUCCUCAAAUAAUCUCACUGGUCAAAUCCCUACUUCAAUUGGGAACUUGAAAAAGUUGACAAUCCUAUAUCUCUUUGAUAACCAACUUUCAGGUCACAUUCCUCAAGAAAUUGGGUUGUUAACAUCUCUUGUUGGUUUGGAAUUGUCCUCAAAUAAUCUCAUUGGUUUGUUGCCCGAAAAUCUAUGCAUUGGUCGUUCCCUAAAACGUUUGGUUGUGCAUAACAAUGAGCUUAUAGGAAAAAUUCCCAACACUUUGAAAAAUUGUACGUCUCUUGUCAGAGUACAACUUCAAAACAACCAAUUCUCUGGAGAUUUAUCUGAAGCCUUUGGAGAAUAUCCAAACCUUGAUUACAUUAACUUGAGUAACAAUUCUUUUUAUGGCCAUCUGUCUUCUAGUUGGGGCCAUUGCUCGAAACUUACUGCCUUGAAGAUUUCAAAUAAUAGAAUUUCUGGAAAUCUACCACCUAAUCUCAGCAAGGCCUCUCAGCUUGUUGUUCUCGAUCUCUCAUCAAAUGAACUAAGCGGAAUGAUUCCCAAGAGUUUGGAAACCUUGACAAAUUUAAAUGUCCUUAAGUUGGACAACAAUAAAUUUUCUGGCAACAUAGCACUAGAAAUUGGGAAAUUAUCUCAACUUUUGAACUUCAGCAUAGCCGCAAAUAAUUUUGUCGGAUCGAUUCCGAUGCACUUUGAGAGCUGCCAAGGGAUAAUAGAAUUGAACUUGAGCAGAAAUAUGUUUUCUGGCAAGAUUCCUUAUGGUAUGGGAAACUUGAAAAUGCUUGAAAGCCUUGAUCUUAGUCACAACUUCCUCUCUGGUCAAAUUCCACAACAGUUUGCAAGAUUGUCAAGUUUACAGAUUAUGAAUCUAUCUCACAAUAAUCUAUCAGGAUACAUUCCAUCAAGCAUUUCUCAAUGUUCAGGUUUAGAUUCUGUUGAUGUAUCAUACAAUCAGCUAGAAGGUCCCAUUCCAAACAAUAAAGCAUUUUUGGAAGCUCCGUAUGAUUCCUUGAGAAAUAACAAAGGUUUGUGCGGGAAUCAUUUUGGCUUCAAGCCUUGUCAAAGAGAUCAUACGAGAAGACAUUUGCUUUUAAUCAUACUAAUAACAUUUGGAAGUUUGUUUGUGGUUAUUAGCAUUUUUGUGUUAUUAAUUGUUCGAUCAAGGAGCAAUCUUAGAGAAAAGUCAAUAGAAAUUACUGAAAAUGUGUUAGAAAUAUGGAGUUUUGACGGGAAGAUGGCAUAUGAAAGUGUCAUUGAAGCGACGGAGAACUUCGAUUCAGAAUAUUGUAUUGGUGAAGGAGGACAUGCAAGGGUUUUCAAAGCUGAGCUUCAAAGUGGUCAAGUUGUUGCUAUAAAGAAGUUCAAGGUCACUGGGCAACAAGAUGAAUUGUGCAGUCUCAGAAGUUUUUCAAAUGAGGUUCGCAUUUUAACUGAGGUUAGACAUCGAAAUAUUGUAAAAAUGUAUGGUUUUUGUGCCAGUGAGAGACAUUCAUUCUUGAUUUAUGAGUACUUGGAAGGUGGAAGCCUAGCACACAUAUUAAACAAUGAUGAAAAUGCAAUGGAGUUGGGGUGGAUGAAGAGGGUUAAUGUGGUUAAAGCUGUGGCUAAAGCAUUGUCAUAUAUGCACCACGAUUGUUUACCUCCUAUUGUUCAUCGGGAUAUAUCACCUAAAAAUGUUUUGUUCGAUUCUGAAUAUGAAGCUCAUGUGUCAGAUUUUGGUACAGCAAGAAUAUUGAGUCUUAAUUCAUCGAAUUGGACUUCAUUUGCGGGAACAUUUGGGUAUGCAGCUCCAGAGUUUGCUUACACUAUGGAGGUAACUGAAAAAUGUGAUGUUUAUAGUUUUGGAGUGCUAGCACUGGAAGUUAUAAUGGGUAAACAUCCAUGUGACCUCAUUACAUCCAUUUUUUCAUCCCCAAUCUCAACCACACAUGGAAUGCUUUUAAAAGAUUUGUUGGACCCUCGACUCUCUACUCCAACAAAGCAGGAAGCGAAAGAGUUGAUUUUGGUUGCCAAGAUAGCAAUUGCUUGUUUAAGUAUCAAUCCACAAAGUCGACCAACCAUGAGGCAGGUUUCUGUGAUGCUAACCAAGGAAUUGGAUUUGUCAAAUUUGCUUGAGCAUAUCACAAUAAGCCAAUUGUUUGGUCUUCAAUUUCAUACUCCCUCAUCAAGUUAGCUUUCAAGCUAAGGCGUUGGAAUUAGUAUUCUUUCUGGUUCUCAAAAUGCUUUUUAUCAGCGUUGCUAUUUUUUGGUUAAGAUUGGUGUGAGGCUCCCUUUAAUUUGAUGUGAUGAGAAAGGCAGGAUUGGUGAAUGUACUAGUGUUCCUAAACAUCAGAGCUGAAGUUAGUCAGCUUAUUGACUUGGUAACUACUCAGCUCGACUCUAUAUAUUGACUUUGAGCCAAUCAACUAUGGACAAUCUAGCUGGUUUGUCUUCUUGUGAUCGGACAACCUGAGUUUCACCCCGUGCUCAUGCAGCUCCCAAUUUCAUUCAUGCAUGCCGGUCCAGGGCUGAAUUUCAUUCAGAUCAGUAGGAUUAUGAUCAUAAUGUUCUACUUGGAUGCAUGCAAAAAUCACACCAAGCAGGCUUCUCAUGCCUUGGAUUCUUAUUAGCUUGGAAUUGAAUACGACAUAUAUAGAUCCAGGCAAUCAAACAAUGGCAGUGAUGAAGAAGUAGAGAAUUGAAGGAAGCUUAGCUUGCUGAUCUGAUGGAUGCACAUCACCAGAUCAUCACUUGUUAAGUGGGGCAAGUUGAGAAAUUGGCUAAGCGACACAAUGGGUUCAUGUUCUGCUCAACACAUGCAUGCAUGAAUCAAAAGCAUGACAAGGAAAUUAAUUUUUUUAACAAGUUAUCAGUCCGGACUCUCAACACUAUGACAUAGCCUAGCUCAAUCAAGAAAUUGUAUUUGAGAUCUCGAUCAAGGUAAUUAGUACUUUCAAUCUAACAAGUAAUCAACUCAAAAGUGGAGAAACUUAGCUUGUUGAUGAUAUAUAUAUGAUGCACAGAGAUAUCAGAUAUGAUAGCUAGCUAGGCUUCCUUGUUUUCAGGUUGCAUGCAUGUUACUUGGUAUUAUAUUUAAUUUAAUAUAAUUAGAGCACAAAUUUAAUGAUGGGAGGCAUGGUCGGUCAUUUGUGAACUGCAGGGCUGGCCGGGAAAUUACCUUUAAGAAUCGGCCUGGCAAUAUGGGAUGGGAACAUAUGUACCAUGAUUAGUUACAAGGCGAGCUUCAUCAAAAAGUAGAUCAGAGAAGCUAUCCUAGCUGAUGAUUCAUGGAGGAUCAGAUGAUGGGAAUCACUGAACAAUAUGCAUGCACUUUGAUUACAUAUAUCAAAGUGUUAAGACUCUACAUUCCUAGCUUUCAGGUUCCCUAUGACGAAAAAUAAGGACGGCUAGUUCUGAGCAGACUGUUUCCGUCUCUUUCCACGGCACACCACUUUGUUUCCAUCAAAUUAACAAUCAAGAAUUAUUUGUUUUAGCGUAGGCAGCUCGUUCCGUUUCUUCAAGGUCAAAAUUUACUUGGCUAUGUCCACGGUUCCCUUCCCUGUUCGCCAGCCAUGCUUCCAGCCCCCGCUACGACCAGUGGACCUCCUGCAGCUGCUCCGGUGUUGAAUCCAUCCUCUCCAUGCUUAUCUCUUCCCUGUUGGAGGAGGUGAUGCAUUUGGCGGUUGAUCCCACUACUUCCCAGCAGGUCUGGAGUGCCAUUGAAUUGAACAAUCGAUAGGAUCGAUGACAUGGGCACGUGCGCUGCGGCUUCUUUGGGCAUUUCCAAGGUCUCAAUAGCUCCGUUUCAGAGUGAGUACUUAGGCCGCGCUCGCUCAGGUUUAAUUAGUUGUCUCUCGCCGGACGGCCUGUCGUGUCAUUGGAAGAGCGAGCAGAAUUUAUACCUUUUUCGUGGGUUGCUUCCGGAGUUCCGGUCAAUGGCGUCCUCCCUCACCACGCCGGUCACUCUUACGGAACUCCGAUCACUUGGCUGUUUCUUUAUUAUCUGUACAACCUAAUCCAGAGUACGCAACACCAAUGUUUAAUUUGUUUGAGCAGUACGUACUACAUCUCAUCUUCCAUCAUCUCCUCUAUGGCUCUAUGUAUGUAUCUUCAGGGCUCAAUGUUUAUAUUUAUUUGUUACGUAAAACUAACAAAAUCUUAAUAUGUAUACCACAAUCAAUAAUAUGUUAUGUUAUGAUACAAUGAACAUAAUGUACUUCUUUUUUAAAUCCAUGUU